CCACGCUGGGCAAAAGAUUCCUGCAUUGCAAGGGGCUGGACUGGAUGACCCUCGGGGGUCCCUUCCGACUCUACGAUUCUGUGAAACUCUCGCACCAGGGAGCCAGCUCGCCAGCCAGCCGGCCUUGUCAUUCCUUGCCUCCUCCGUCAGCCCAGGAGGAAAUGUCUGGAAGUGGGAAGUCUUCCUGAAGGCUCGGGCUUGCUGCUCGGAAGCUGUUGACCAGAGGUCACCAGCAGCUUCACAACAGGAAGCCGCGCGGCGCUGGCUCGGAGGUGCCGGCAGCUACGCAGAAAGCCCGUCGGAGCCCCCUUGGCCUGCCCUCGUGGCUGUGGCACCGUUCAAGGCACCGUCCAUGGAAGCCAGGCGGCAGCUGGGAGGCAGCCGCUGUUCCCUGGCAGGAAGAUGCUGUGACCAGGCAGCUGCCAGCUGGGCAUGGAGCUGAACCGGCUCCUCCUUCUCCUCACUGUAUUCUUGCUCUGUCUGGACCUGUUUGAGAUGAGUCCCACCAGGCUGGUUUGUGACAGGAGGCUAAUCCAGAAGUACAUCACCGAAGCCAUGGACUUGGAGGACAAAGUGAACCAGUGCGAGGAACUCCCCUUCCUCCAGCAGCCUGUGCAGCUGCCCCUGGUCGGGUUCAGCCUCCGAGAGUGGAUGGCAAAGACAAACCAAGACAAAGGGCAAGAAACCCUCCGUGAUCUGGCUAACUUGGUGGAUGGCACAGCAGCCGCCCAAGACCAGCUGAGCCGGGGCUGCGCCUCACCACUGCUCCAGCAGCUUUAUGAGAAAGCCAGCUCCUUCCUCCUGCAGCUCCGAAACUUUGGGUGGCAGGAACAGAAUCCCACCGCACAGCCCGAGAGCAGCUCCCAGUUAAUUCCUGAAAGAAACCUUAGGACAAUCUUUGGGACCUACAAACAGCUUGUGCGGGGAAAGCUGCACUUCCUCUUCCAUGACUUGUGGAAAGACUCCUGCAGUGCGGAAGAUCAACAGAGGGCUGCCAGCCCUGCAGCCCUGCAACCUCCCAGUCUGACCACCUCCAGGGGCCACUGAAAGACCCCCCCAUGGGCUGCUGGCCGGAUCCUUCAAGGGAGAGAAGCACAGGACGAGUAGUAGGCCCUCUGGUGGUCAGGUGUGGAAGAGCAAGCCUGGCCAAGCCCUCAAAGCACAGGGGUCAGGG